UCAUCAUAAAUCAUUAUAUUUUAUUUUUAAUUAAUAACAUAUAAUUAAUUGAAAAUGAUGAAGGCCUGCCUCGCAGUGUGUAUGCUGUUGGUGUGUUUGGGACAACUCCACGCCGAGCCCAAGAUCCUUUGCUAUUAUGAGAGCUGGUUUGCCUACCCGUCUCAUGGAGCAGGAGCAAUGCAAGUGAAACAGUUUGACAACACGCUAUGCACUCACCGUAUCUAUGGAUACAAUGGCGUGUCUUCAUCGGCCGAAGUGCUCAUCAGCGACCCCUGGCUCGAGACCAGCACUACAUACCAUCAAUUGUACGAUUGGGGUCACGACAAAGGCUCAGACCUGUCACUGAUGGGUAUUGGCGGUUUCAACUUCGCCCUGAACUUGACCUACGCCGCCCAGAAUCCGACCAUAUUCACCACCAGCCUGGUCAAUCAUUUGAAAACAUACGCCCUGGAUGGUGCCGUGAUUGAAUGGUCGUCCAACCACUGGAAAUACGAGUACAUGGCCGACUACGUGACCUUGUUGAAACACUUGAAGGAGGCGUUCGCCCCCAAUAAGUGGGUGUUGGGCACCGUUUUGGCCGCCGAUCAGCCCGGUUAUGAUAUCAAGAGUGUUGCCGAGCAAGUUGACUUGAUCAUUAUCCAAUCGUUUGACUAUCACGGCUCAUGGAAUACUGAAGUCGGUCACUCAUCUGCCAUCGAGGAUCAGAAAAUCAGCGUAAACCGAUGGGUCGAGAAUGGCGCAACCAAAGAGAAAACUAUUGUUACUGUGCCCGCGUACGGCCACACAUGGACCCUCACCGACACCACCAAGACCGAUCCGGGCUCACCCGCUAAAGGUGCCGGCACUAAGGGACCGUUCACCGACUCACCCGGUAAAUUGGGUGUCAACGAGUUGAUGUUGCGCUUGAAGGACGACCCGACCGGUUGGACUCGCAAAGAGGACGGAGCACUCGGCGCCGCCUACUAUUAUAAGGGUGACCAAUGGGUCUCCAUUGAGGACACAAAGACCGCUGAGGCUAAGGGCGCGUGGGUUAAGAGCGCCGGUUUGGGCGGUAUUGCCGUUCAGGCCAUCAAUAACGACGACUUUAACGGUUUGGCUUCAACCACCAAAUUCCCGCUGACCCAAGCAAUUAAGAAAGGCUACGCAUAAAUUGUUCAAACUGAUCUUUUAGUUAAUGUUACUGUGUAAAAUUAUUAUAUGUUAUUAAUUUGAAAAAUAAAAUUAAUAUUUUUCAUUAUAAAA